AUGGCAGGAUGGGACUCACCCGUUCUAAAUUCCAAACCAGAUGUGUGCAAGAGGAAUCAAUCACUCACCAAGGACGAGAUUGAAGCUUACUGGAGAGCCAACAAUCAAUUACAUCAUACCACCACUACUCAGGAAAUCAAAGCUGAUGAUGAAUCGGGCAGAAAAUUACAGAAAUCAAACUCUUUUCCUGUAGCCAAAACUAAGGAGACAGAUAUUGAUAAAACAAACGCUCACAAAAUCAGAAACAACAAGGGCUGGUGGACUUUAAGCAAUUGGGCAUUUCUGAACGAACCCCCUCUGUGGGAAGGCGCUUCCAACACGUACGCAUCACAGUUCCACGUACCCAACUGGGCCCCCAAAUCAGACACUCCUGACCAAAUUACUACUUGA